CCCCAGUGCACCGCCUGCCUCCGAUGGGGUUACCCCACCCCACUAUGCCGCUCCCCCACCUAUCGAUGCGCCCAGUGCGCGGGCCACCACUCAGUACAGGACCACCGCCAGCUUGCCGACUGCUGCCACGGCGACAACCCCACACCCAACGGCCACCCAUGCCCCCAUUCCCCCUCUUGUGCCAACUGCAGCGGACCUCACAAGGCCACCGACCGCUCGUGCCCAUUCUACCAGAACUGGCACAACGCCGAGUGGAUCGAACAACACCAGUCAAACCCCUCGGACCAACGUCCACCCCGC